CAAUGAGACGGUCUUCAUUAAUGAUUUUGUGCCUUCAGUCCAACAAACCCAGAAAGGCAUCAGUGUGUUUUUGUCUUCACUUUUUGUUGUUGUAAGUUUUAUUUUAUAUUAUCAGUACUUUAUACACUACCGUCUGUCACGGAUCAUGGAAAGUGAAACUUAAAUAUGUCAUGGGGCGGUUGGAUUUAUUCACUCACUUUAAAAAUUUAUUAAAAGCUUCUUUCUUUUCACUUCAUUUUUAUUUACAGCAAUAUGUUAUUUAUAUCAUAAUAGGCUAUUUAUUAACAUAUUGGGGGGAAAAAAAACAGGAAAACAGGUCUAUGUAAAAUCUGACAUUGACCGCCCCCAUAUAUCCAAAUUGGCAUGUUUCUCGUUUCAUAAAGCCCAGUUCAGUCAGACCAAAAAUUUGCAAUGAGACAAAACGGUUUUAGAAUGCUGCAGCGUUCAGAACCAGCCUGGAGGCUCAACGAGCGCCCGCAAGCACCGUAUAUGGUCGAGCUAGAGAGUGACUGAAGAGAUUGAGCAUCCUUAGAAAAAUGCAGUGAAACAGAGAAAUAUAACGUUUUCACUGUUUCAGCUCCACUAGAAAAGCAUCUGUAACAAGUAUCUCACUAUCACUAACAUUAUCCACAUUCAUAUUUACAAAAAGGCCUGAAAGUCCGAAGUUAGAACGGAAGUACAAAGAUGCUAUGAAGAUGAUACACUAUCUCGUCGCAUUGGUGUGAACUGGUAGGUUUCAGAACGUUGCAGACCGGCUCAAUACAAGUAGCUGCAAGUUUCAAAUUGUCUCUCUGCAAAUCUUUGGUCAGGACUUGGCUUUUUGCCUCUGCGAAGAGUCAACUGUAAGACUGGCAGUUGAAUCGGGCUCCUUCAAUCAAAUAUUUGACUAUUCCGUGUCACCCCUAGUUUUUUACCACGCCAGCAUCCCAAGGCAUGCCAAUUUCGGACAGUCGGUCAGUUCACCUCUUUGGUCCAAUAUUUCAACAACUAUUGAAUGGAUUGCCAUAAGAUUUGGCACAGACAGCGGCCCUAGCAUAGCUGUAGACUCAAAGUAAUGAAACAGAUUUGGAAAAAAAUGAAACAUCAUUAUUCAACAGAGAAACUGAAGAAAUUGAUUUCCUACCUAAGAAAACUGACUGGAUGUAACCCUCUUGCCCAAAGUUUGCAUCAGUUAUUCUGCAGGAAUGAACCGCUAACCAGGAAUCAGAAGAUUGCAGUUGUUGAAGGCUUGUACAUACUCUUCAGAGAGCUUUUGCCUCAACAUAAAACGCAGCAAGAGGAGAAACCCAUUGAAGACCUGGAUGUCUUUGAGAAUUCACUGUACUGCUGGGCACAUCUCUUAUCGGAAGCAAAGAAACUGGCAUCAGAUCAGGAGAUCUACGCACCAAUCACUCUUAUGUCUGAAGAUGGCAGCCGCUUCUCUGAACCAGUCAGAGUACCUGGAGUGCCUGGAGCCUUUGAGCGAGCAUAUGUUCGGCAGAAAAUCAAAGAUGGAGAGAAAAUUCCAAAUUGCACUGAAGACGUUUUGCGAGAAACAUCAAUACAGAGAGCCAACGACAUUGAAAAGGUCUUGCUCAGCUUGCCUCCAUUCAUCAGAAAUUAUGCUCUUUGGAUUCACUGUGACAACACGGCUGGUCAGAGCUUCCAGGUAAACAUGGAGAAGACCUUUGGAAGUAUGAUGGAAGAAUUACAAUCUCCUGACAAUCAAUACAUCAAUGUGACCCCACCUCUACAUCUGAAGGAGCUAGGACAGUGCGGGUCACGCCUUGUUCUACUGAGUGAAGACAACAUUGGCGUAUGUUUGAAUAAAGAAAAAGGAUCCCCUGAUAUGAUCGUAGUGCAUGAUUGUUUGGAUGGCCAAAACAAAACCGUGGAUGUGAAUGAGUUGGCAGCCAGGACUGGAGACCUUAGCGAUGACCGAACAUUUGUCACAACCAGGACCCCAAAAGAGGCUAUACUGGUGUUGAUAGACACAAGCUCCUCCAUGGAAGAAGAGUGCUAUGGAAGUGCAGAAAUCAAGAAGAUCAAUGCUGUGAAGGAGCUCUUUGACAACUUUGCAACAAGGACCAUGGCUUAUGAUUUUUAUCAUGUCAUCGGCCUUGUGAAGUUCGACUCCCUGGUGAAAAUUCUCCACACGUUUACUGAAAAUCUGGAAAGGUUCAAGGAACACGUACACAACAUUGAGGCCAGUGGAUGUACUCUGCUGUAUGACGCCCUGCGACGUGGGGCAUGUGAGCUGGAAAAGGUCAAGACGAGGUUCCCAGAUUGUAGACUUCGCAUCAUUUGUCUCACUGAUGGAAAUGAUUCUGGUUCCUCAAUAGAGCCAGAUGUUGUUACAGCCAAACUGCUAAAAUCUAACAUCAUUGUGGACUCUGUACUUCUUGGAAAUGUGGAGAACAAUAUGCUUCAUGGAAUCAGCAAUGCAACAGGUGGUUGUUGUUUCAAACCACAGACAAUCAAAGAGGGUCUGAAGCUCUUUGAGAUUGAGACAGUUCUGUCUUUGGAGCAGAGGAAACUCAAGGAAAAACUUGACCCAUCUUCCAUCAGUCAGCAUAGUUUGUCCAACAUCUUCAUUACUCAUGGGUAUGACGAAUGUCCAGAGACAUCUUUGCCAAGCCAGUUAAACAGCAAAGUGACAGUGACGGAGAGUGCCCUGAAAAAGAAGCUUAAGGAGUCAAAGGGGUGGUUCCUGGAGAAGGACAAACGUGUCCUGGAUGAGCUAAAGAGUCUGCAUUGUUACCCACAUCCCUUCUUCAGAGUCUUUCCAUCGGAGUCAGACUUUACAUUCUGGAGGAUUCUCAUGCAAGGCCCUCCUGACACACCGUACAAGAAAGGAGUGUUUGAGCUGUACUGCCACUUUGGUCCUGACUACCCAGCGAAGCCUCCACUCAUCCGCUUUGUCACACAAGUGUACCACUGCAAUGUUAACAGUGUGGGUCGCAUCUGCCACAACAUAUUUGACCGCAACUACAAUGCCCACAUCACCAUGAGAGAGCUCCUAGAAGCUGUGUAUGGACUGCUCAUCAUCCCUGAGCCUGCUGAUCCACUGGACAGCAUUUUGGCUGAGGAAUUCCUGACGAGCCGUGAGACGUAUGAACUAGAAGCUGAGAAACAUACAGAGGCAACUGCAGAAAAGUCACUAGAUGACAUGGAGAAACAAUUUGUGGAGUCUGUGCAACAGUUUAUACCCCAACAUCUGAUCUGUCCACUCACCAAGAAGAUGUUUGUUGAUCCUGUAAAAACGGUGUAUGGCACCGUGUAUGAACGCAAGGCCAUUGAGGAACAUCUAAAGCAACACCAGUACGAUCCGAUGGCUGGCCCCGAACACGUGCUUGAAAUGAGUAACAUCAGAGCGGACCAGGACAUGAAGAAAAUGGUGACGGAUCAUCGUUCUCGUCAGAUUCAGUUUGACGUUGCAGCUGAGUAGUGUUCUUUUUUUUUUAUCCGGUUCCUGUGAAAAAGGAGAUUGACCAUCUACUCAUAAUUUGUAUCAAUAGAAGUUGUUAUUGUUAUUUAAUUUAUAUUGGAACAUUAUUUGGUCAGUCAGUUGGGAAGUGUUAGUGCAGGUUAUUUUCAUUAAUUUGACUCUUUUCCUGACAUCACUUCUACUUUCAUAUGAACAGUGAUGGACAAUUUUUCGUUUGGAGUUGAUUGUGCUUCUAACUUUUGAUUGUUCGAUGUUCUUUUAAAUGCUGUCCUAGUUCCUUAUUUACAGUUUUAUCACUCAAAUAUAUUGUAAAUAAAAAUAAAUAAAACACAUCAAAAAUAUUGGUGUGUUAUAAGUCACACGCACACAAGUGGGACUUUUAUACAAGCAUGCCAUAGCCUGAUCUUUAUGUGAAAGGAGUAAUUCAUAUUUUUCACUUUGAAGCAAGGAAUGUUAAAGACAAAUAUUUUCUCAAUAAAAUAAUUUUCAGAAAGAA